AUGGUACACGAUAAGAAGACUCACGUUAUCACCGUCUAUCGUGGUCAAUUUAUUUCACGUGUUGAAGUACGAAAACUACAGAAAAACACUUCACGUUUCUUUACAAAUAGUUUCUUUUCAACAACAAUGAAUCGACAGUUAGCUCUCAUUCUUCUCAAUCCAUCUCUUCAACGGUCAGAUGAUAAACAGAGUGUUCUCUUUGAAAUUAAAAUUGAUUUAACAUUGAAAUCAUCACAACCCUAUGCUGAUAUCUCUUCAUUUAGUCAAUUUCCUUCAGAGACAGAAGUGCUCUUUAGCUAUGGAACUGAAUUUCAGGUGAUUGAUGUAGAAUAUAGUCAGAUGGAACAUAUUUGGAUUAUCAAAUUGAGCUUCGUCGAAGGUGGUUCGCAAUAUAUAUGGAACACUCUUGAACUAGAUUCGCACAGUUACAUCGAUGAGGAGGAUAACGAAGGUGACGAAACAAAAAUUCUCCCGUACAUGGGAAGCAGCCGAAAAAUGUUAAAACAAUCUCUCAGCCUCGUACAUCAAACUUUCCCUGUCGUCCUAUCACUAUCCAAUAUUCGUCUCGUUUUCAAAGAACUUUUAAAUUUAUUCGAAAGUGAACAAUGGCUACUUGCAAUUGAAAUGCAUACACUUGCCUUUGCGUACACUCGCGACUAUAUGAAUAGAUGGGCGAAUUCUGAUUUGAAACCGAUAUUGAAAUAUUAUGAAAAUGCAAUUAAACUUUGGCUGCCAUUCAUUGACGAUCAGGAAUUGAAUAGUCGAGAGACCCUUGCUGAUAUCUGUAGAGAUCUUGCUGAAGUCUAUGAAUGGCCGGGUGUUGAUGAUCCGAGAAUGGCAGUUAAAUAUUAUCGAAAGGCACUUGAGUACUAUCAGCAGAUGAUUGUGAUAGAGAAGAAAGUGCAGGGAAAGACAGACCUUGAAAUCAAAUGCAUUGAGCAUCAAAUUGCGAGUGUAGAGGACAAAAUUCAAUAUCUCGAGAGAAAGGAUGCUGAUGAAGAUCUGGGCAAGGAGCUUUUCGAAAUUCUGUGA